GUAGGAGUCAUCGGAACAGCUGCACGCACGCGAAAGCCGGACACGCGUGAACGAUUAUGUCACGAUUGCUUAGCGGGUCACAAGACUACGUGCCUGAUAACGAUAGCAAUGGCAGAAAUAUGGAAAGUGGUAUCAGAAGAAGCGUCACCGGCAGCAUGGUCAAUGGUAACAAGCCGGAAGGCCGCGUUCUGGUGCUCUACACGGGCGGCACGAUAGGAAUGAUGAGGAACGAGCAAGGAGUGCUGGUACCAAUAAACAAUGCGUUUGUUAAAAAUCUACGGAAAUAUCCACAACUGCAUGAUCGCGAAUACGCCGAGAAAAGAUUCGGGGCGAUGGGACCGCUAGUAUUGCCCGUGACCGCAACCGACAGUCGCCGGGUCGUUUAUACCGUAUUCGAAUACACGAAACUCUGCGACUCCAGUAAUAUGACCAUGGAUGAGUGGAUUCGCAUUGCUAACGAUAUUAAGGAAUCUUACGAACGCUUCGACGGAUUCGUGGUCCUUCACGGCACCGACACCCUCAGUUACACCGCAUCCGCUCUGUCCUUCAUGCUCGAGGCGCUGGGCAAGAUCGUCAUCCUGACCGGCUCGCAGGUGCCGAUUUUCGACACGAGGAGCGACGGCCUGGACAACUUCCUCGCGUCGCUCGUGAUCGCGGCGAAUUACAACAUACCCGAGGUGUGCGUGUUCUUCGGCACGAACUUGCUGCGCGGCAAUCGGACGAGCAAGGCGUCCGCGACGUCCUUCGAAGCCUUCCAGUCGCCGAACUUUCCACCCCUCGCCACGGCGAACAUCAAGAUCGAAGUGGACUAUCGUUCGAUUUUCCGUCCAUGUAUCAUGGAGAAGUUCUACGUGCACGCGUCGCUCAAUCGAAACGUAGGCCUGCUCCGGUUGUUUCCCAGCAUCACGUCCGAUCUGGUCAAGGUGUUUCUUCAACCGCCCAUCGAGGGGGUCGUGCUACAGUCCUACGGCAUGGGAAACGUCCCGACAAAUCGCGACGACAUCAUCGAGGAGCUUCGCGUGGCGGCAAAGCGCGGUGUGAUCAUCGUGAAUAUCACGCAAUGCGCGACCGGAUGCGUCUCGGAUGCGUACGAGGCUGGAAAAUUGCUCCAAAAAGCUGGUGUGAUAUCGGGCUUUGACAUGACACCGGAGGCCGCGUUGACGAAACUCGCGUACGUUUUAUCGAAAAACGAUUGGGACACAGAGACCAAGCGGCAAAUGAUGCAAACGAAUUUACGGGGCGAGCUGACCGCCGGCCGACCGCCUACCAUACAGGACUGGGACUUGGUGGAGGCUGUCGCUAGGUCCUUGAGAUUAUCCUCGGCGGCGGAGCUUCAGGAAUUGGGAUCAAUCCUCUUCCCGGCUAUGCUGAACGCCGCAGUGAUCAGGCGCGACGUCAUGAAACUUGAGUCUUUAAAAGGAUACGGCGCGGAUAUCUCGCAGGCGAACGCAGAUGGCCGAACGGCUUUGCACAUAGCCUGUUGCGAGGGGGACAUAAAAGUCGUGCGACGUCUUCUAAAGAUGGGCGCGAAUGUUCACAUUAAGGAUCGAUUUGAUCGCACGCCUCUCACCGACGCAAUCGAAUUCGAUCGUCACGAGAUCAUCAGGGUGCUACUGCAGUGCGGAGCGCAUCUUCACGGCGACGCUGUGCUGAUCGGCGGGAGGAUGUGCACGGCCGCGACCACCGGAAACACGAAGCGUCUGCAGUCGUUCCUGCUGGCCGGCGCCGAUCUGUCGCAGAAGGACCUUUCCGGACGCACGCCGCUGCAUUUCGCCGCUCUUCACGAUCGCACGGAAGCGAUUGAGUUCCUGCUGGAUCACGGCGCGGAUCCGCGCUGCGUCGACAUGCUGGGAGAGACCGCGGCGGAUCUCGCGGUGGCCGCGCGUGCCGCGGGUGCCGCGCGCUUGUUAGCCCCUUUCAAGCAGAACGGCGUCUCCGAGGACACGGUCGACAGCAAAAUUGCAACGCAAAUGCACAAUCUUGAUCUGUCUAUGUCUUAGUUACCUCGAUCUGAAAGCGGUUGUCUCAAAGGGAUUUCGAGUAAAAAAUUUGAUCUGAGCUGACUGCGAUUCCCUAUCUUUCAAUUUAAUCGUAAUCUAUUGCUUACUAGGUGAAAAAUUUAUUUAACAAAAGCUAGCUUCUUGAAUGAAAAGUCGACGCAAUUGGAUAUUAAAGACUGAAAAGAAUGUGAGAGGAUUUUUAAAAAGGACAGGCGUGAUGGAAAUCUAUGCUAUAUUUUAGCGCCUUUUCAAAUUUUAGUUAGAAACAGUGCAUAACACGAUUGCAAAGUCACAGUUAACUGUGAUAAUAAUGUAACAUAUUUUUUUAUGUAGCAAAAUUAAACUAUGACGUAAUGUAUUAUUUAUUGUAAAUACAUUAUUUUUUUGCAAAUAGACAAUAUUAUUACCAUUAAAAUUGGUAAAUGUAUAUGUGUUUAUAGAAUAAAAUAUAUUUUACAAUAAA